AUGGAGUUCAGCAGCAGCCGGGCGAGGCUGAGGCACGCGCGGCUGGCGGGGGACCGGCGGGAGCUGUAUCCGCACAGCCUGCAGUUCUACCAGGACCCCCCCACGGAGAACAUUUCCCUCGUCGAGUUUGAAAGCUUUGCCGUCGACCGGCUGAAGCUGCUUAAGGUAGUUGAAAACCUUGGUGUGAGCUAUGUAAGAAGUGGUGAUACAUACAAAACCAAGCUGGAGCAGGAGCUUCGAAAACUUAAGUUUCCCUACAAAGCUUUGGCUGAGGAUGAUUAUGACGCAAGAAGAAAAGACCAUAUUUCUCAUUUCAUACUACGCCUUGCCUACUGCCAGUCUGAGGAUCUCAGGCGCUGGUUUCUUCAACAAGAAAUGGACCUCUUUCGAUAUCGGUUCCAUGAACUGAGUGACAGUUUAAGGCAGAAAUUCCUGGAACAUGUUAACUUAUCAUUUGAAGCUAUCAGCGAAGAUCUGAAAAAUGAAUGGGCAAAUGAUUUGUGUGCAUCAACCCCUGGCUUCAGUAUGAGUAAAGUAAAAGAACAGAUGUUCUAUAAGGUUGGACUUUCAGAUGCUGUUGAGUUAUUUAGAGCUAGAAGAGUGUAUAUCAAGGAUGGCUUUGCAUAUGUGCCACUUAAGGACAUUGAUGCAAUUGUUUUGAAUAACUACAGAACCAAGUUGUCUAAAGCAUUGGCGCUGACAGCACGAUCACUGCCUUCCAUACAGUCUGAUGAGAGACUACAACCUUUGCUUAAUCAUCUCAGCCAUUCUUACGUUGGUCCAGAUUACAGUGUACAAAAAAACACUGGGAAAAUUUCUCUAGAACAGAUUGAUGCUCUUUCCGUGAAAUCAUUUCCUCUUUGCAUGCGCCAGUUGCACAAAGCCCUGCGUGAGAACCAUCAUCUCCGUCACGGAGGCCGUAUGCAAUAUGGGCUGUUCUUAAAAGGCAUAGGUUUAACUCUGGAACAGGCACUGGAAUUUUGGAAGAAAGAAUUUAUUAGAGGAAAAGUGGAUGCAGACAAGUUUGACAAAGGAUAUGCUUACAGCAUCCGUCACAACUAUGGGAAAGAAGGAAAGAGAACUGAUUAUACCCCAUACAGCUGCAUGAAGAUUAUCAUGUCCAAUCCGCCAAGUCAAGGAGAUUAUCAUGGUUGCCCAUUCCGCCACAGUGAUCCUGAGCUACUGAAGCAGAAGCUGCAGUCGUACAAGGUCCCUCCAAAUGGAAUAGCUCAGAUCCUGGAAUUAGUGAAGGGCAUGCAUUACCAGCUGGCCUGUCAGAAGUACUUUGAGUUGACACACGAUAUUGAUGACAUUGGGUUUUCUUUGAAUCAUCCGAAUCAGUAUUUUGCAGAGAGUCAAAAGUUAUUAAGCGGUGGUAGAGAACUGAAGAAAGAGCCAAAUCAUUUGGGAAACUCUCAACAAAAAAGCAGUGGCCAGGAAAGCAUGAAUUCAAAUUCUGCUCACAGUUCUUCAAAUACAACAGCUGAUGCAGAACUGGAGGAACUGGAGGCAUACUUCGCUGAAGAUUAAGCAGCUUUGCAGAUUUUUUUCUUAUUCUUUCCCUUCUCUAGCCAAAUUCUUCCUUAUAAUAAGGAAUAUGCACUUGUAUACCUAGAAGACAGAAGCGUUCAGUGCUUUGAAUAGGCUGAUGAAAAUGAAGAAAGAUACUGAAGUUGUAAUUGCAUCCAGUACUUUUGCUGCUUUAGAUUACUGUUAUAUAGAGCAUGUUGAAGGAAAAGAAUUAAAAUUACUUCCUAAAUAUCAGGUAUUUUUGGUCUAGUUUGUUUUCUGGAUGGUGUUCAAAGUGUUUAAUUUCUUUUUCCUAUU